UAGACUGGAACCACCUUACAUAAUUUGGAGAAAAUCCCUCCUUAGUUUUGUAAUUUUUUGCGGGUUUUCUUUGUUUUUUUCUGAGCGUUAUAUAAAGAGUUAUGUAACAUAAGUCACGGAAGAGAGACAUUGAAUAAUAAAAUAUAUGAACGAUUUUCAAGAGCACAGAAAGUGGAAAUUUACUGAAUACUUAGGCUACAUAUUGAAGCAACGGUUUCGAUUUAAAAAACAGCUGUCUCUUCUCAAUCUUGCAAUACUGCAAUAUGGGAUCUAGAGAAAAAUUAAUCAAAGAAUUUGUGAGCAUUACAGGCACAGACAAAGGAACAGCGGAACAUUUUCUUGAUGCUUGCUCGGACAAUCUUGAAACUGCAGUCGCCAUGUUCUUGGAUGAUAAGACUCCAGGCACAACAGAGAAUACAGAUACGUCAGCUCCAGCCAUUCCAGUAGAAGAAGAAAUCAGAGCACCAAUUCCACAAACUUCAGGCGUACUUGUGGAUGAUCCACACUACAUAACUACCUCAAGAGAAAGAUGUUUUUCUAGGCGUCGUCCAAGAUCGGUGUUCGAUGGAUUCAGGGAUUUUAAAGCAGAAAUAUCACAGCAAGAAGCAUUAUUUUCAUCCGAUCCAACCACAAAUCGACGUUUGAAACGACUCGAAGAUCUUUUCCGCCCUCCACUGGAAUUAAUGCACAAAGGAACAUUAGAAACUGCACGGGAAGCAGGAAGUCACUUACAUAAAUGGUUGAUGGUCAACGUUCAAAAUAAUCAAGAAUUCGCUUGCCAGGUUCUCAACAGGGAUGUUUGGAGCAGAACGAAUGUUCAGACUUUGAUAAAGAAACAUUUUAUAUUUUGGCAGGUUUAUAGUGACAGCACAGAAGGCGAGAGGUUUACUACGUUUUACCCUGUCACUAGGUGGCCACAUGUGUCUAUUUUGGACCCGAGAACGGGGGAACAGCUUGCAGUAUGGAAUGAUAUUAACAGCAACAAUAUAGAAGGCAAAGUUGAAGAGUUCCUUGCUGAUCAUGGCUCCAUUGCAGAUGAUGUGGACAGCGGACCUCCGAAUAAAAAAGUUAAGCGCGAUCAUUCCGUCGUUGAUGAUACAGAAGACAAGCAAUUGGCUGCAGCAAUUGCAGCAUCUUUGGCAGAAAAUAAAGCUCCUGCCACCACCCAAUCAGACUCCGACAUUGACAAUAAUGACGAUUUCCUAAUUUCGAACGAGAGUAGCGACAAUGUCAGUGAAUUUGAUGCUUCUUCUGAUGAGGAUAUUUCUGACAUACAAAAGGGGGCGACAAAGGGGUCUAAAACAGCCAAAAAAUGCAACGAAAAUGGCAAAAUUUCAAUUGAAGACACUGAAAUUGAUGACGAAUAUUUUUCUAUUAAAAACGGUGAAAAAACUACAAGUGAAAGCAAAAAGUUUUCAGAAAAUGGGGCCAAAAACUAUAAAAAUCGCGAAGAAUCAAACGAUUUAUCAACAAAUACUGAAACGUCAAAAAUCUCGAAGCAAAAAACAUAUAAAAAGGUCAAUUCAAGGUUAAAGGUUGGGUCAAUCGAAAACGGGAAAGACUUGAGUAAACUCACAAAUGAUAUUUACGGUUGCGAAACAUCAAAUACUUCAAAAAUUCCCCAAAAUACUAAUAACGCAGCAGAGAAAUCACAAUCGAAAGAUGAUAAAACAAAUAAUUCCGAAGACAAACUCAAUGAAAUGUGUCGAAUUAUGGUUCGCUUUCCUGAUGGCUCGAGAGAGGAAAUCAAACUUGCGUCUGAUUUAACUGUCAAGGACUUAUCAUCAGAGUUACGAACACGAGGAUACCCACCUGAAGAUUACGACGUUGUGACUCAUUUUCCUCGCAAAAGUAUUUUUUCAUCUGGGGAAGAGUGUUCUUUAAAAGAAGCCGGAUUGUUCCCGCGAGCGGCUGUCUUUGUACAAGAGAUUGAUAGCUGAGUCUUGUUUCAAAAAGGGGUGCUCCCAUAGUAUUUGUACCAAGAUGGAGCACAACCUGAACAUAGUAUGUGUACCAGGUUAGAGUUGCUACCGAGAUUGGGAUUAUGAUUGCUACUUCCACAUUUAUGUUAAUUUAUCUCAGUGGCCAUGGGUUGAAGUCCCCCCCCUCUUUUGAAAUUUUUGAAAAAAUGAUUUUUAAGUAUGAUGCAUAGUGCUUAUACUUGCCUGAAUCCUUUACACCC